GUUGAACCCUGUAUGUAUACGGUAUACAAGUCGUCAUAUAUAUCAUAUCGAUACUUGAACUAAAAUGGCACCGUUCUGAUUGUUCUCCCCUGGAGUAUCGUGAUGAAAAGUGACAAUUUUCGACCUGUUUUCUUAGAGCUGGGGAAAACUUUUGUUGGAGAAUGAGAAGAGGAUAUUCUAGACCGCCCAUGGGGCGAGGAUAUGCUGGAGGACGUGGAAGGGGAUUCGAGCAACAUCGUGGUGGAUUUCGAGGAGGUGCGUCUAGGCCGACGGGCAUUGACAGCCAUAGUGGAGCAGGUGGAGCUCAACAACGUGGACGUGGGAGUAGCGGCUACAUACCGGACACCGGACCGCUACCGUCAUCAGGCAUGAACGAUACGCGUCCUUCAGAUCCGCGGAACAGAGCGCGGAUAAUGGGUGAAAAUGAAAUUCCACAAAUGGGACCUGACUUUAGUGGGACUGGGAGUGUACAGGAUAUGAAUAGAAAUGUAGGAAAUUAUUCUACAAGUGCAAUGUAUGUAGGCCAAAGGCAAAGUGCAGAAUUUGUAGAACAAGGACAAAUGCAUAUGCACAGUCACAGGCCAGCAGGACAUGGUUUUACACAAAUUGCAGGGACGACAGGGUCUGGGCAAAGUGGGGUAGGGAAUUAUCCAAGCCAGUACCAUGCUGUGCAAGGGCCAGGUGAUGGCAGGUUUGAAAGGGAAAGUUACAUGGAAAGAGAAAGAAGGCAGGGCCCAGGGCAAAGAGAUUAUUAUCCAGAUAUGGGAAGGUCCGACAGAUACAAAUCAGAUUUUAAGAGCCCUAAUGAAAGCAGUCCAGAGUAUUUUUCAACAAAUUAUCCAACAACCGAGUUGGAAGAGGAAGAAUAUAGAAUGUAUCAAACAAGGGAAACAGAUGAUAGGGGGAAUAGAGAAGGAAGUCCGGAACCAUUCCAAGAAGAUGAAUUUGAAUACGAAUGUGAGAAUCCUGAUUCUCAAUCCGGUAAUAAACGAGAAUCACAAUCCGAUAUAGAUCUUAGCCCUGAUCGCAGUGGCCGUAGGAGCAACAUGUCUGAUAUCGAAUUGACCCCCAAUGAAAGGGGUCGUGAGAAAAACCUUUCUGAUAUUGAUUUAAGCCCUGACCAUGAUCCAAAAGUUAUUAAGAAUGAAGCUCAAGGGAGUAUUCAAGGCCCAAGAUCAAGUAGUAGGGACUUGCAAGAUAGGAAAAUGGAUCAAAUGUCUAGUCUAAGAGAGGAACGGGAUCCACAUAGGAGUGGGUCUGCACUUCAAAGAGAUACUGAAAGAGGGUUUGAAAGAAUGCAGAGGCUUGGACCUACAUAUGGAGAGAGAUCUAUGAUGGAAGAUGCCAGAGAACGUGAAUCUAGGUCAAGAAGUUCCUCACUUCCAAGAGAUCAGCAAGCACCUGAUCUCAAAGGACGGGAGCCCAAUGCGACAGAUGUGGAGAUGAUGAUGAAACAGGAAGAUCCAAAAACUUCACUUGUCAUAACUGUGACCAAUGACCAAUGCCCAGAGAAGGAUGGUCCCCAUUCUGCUAUUGACCGUCUUGGACCAGCAGUCCCUCAGACGAAGGAUGCAGCAGAAAGACUUGGACCACCUGUCUCUGCUCCUGCAGAUCGUCUUGGACCACCUGUCCCUUCUGCUCUGGGUGCUGCUGCUAAUCGUCUUGGUCCUUCUGUGGUAGCUCCUGCAGAAAGGCUUGGGCCAUCAGUAGCUGCCCCCCAAGAGCGAUUGGGUCCUUCACCUAAUGUACCUACUGAUCGUUUGGGCCGUCCUCUGGAGACGCCUGCUGCAGAUAAGCAAGCAUUUGCUCCUAAGGCUCACGCUUCAGCAGCAGCUGCCUCAAAAAGGUCAAGGACGAAAGACAAGCUACAUGCCAUAGCUGAUGAAGACUUUGAUCUUUAUGCUGAUAUUCCACCACCAGAGAAUGAAGAAGAAAAAAUCCCAGUGAAUGAGCCAAAACAGGAUCUUGUCAUCACCUUUCAAGCACAAGACAAACCUGCACCUGUUACAACUGCAGCUCCAAAAAUGUUUCCGGCAGCUCAUGUCAUGACUGGUCCAACUGUUCAUGCUCAUCCAGAAGCAAUGCCAAAGGAAGUGGACCCACAUAGCGAACAAAGCAGUGGGAAGUCGCAAGAUGCCUCUGAACCAGGAAAUGAAGUUCCAGCAGUGUCUGUUGUAACUAUUCCUAAGUCCAAAUGGGACAGUGAUGAUGAAGGUUCCGAUAAACAUCUUAUUUUGGUACCAAAAUCUGCCAAAAUGCCCGAACCGAAAGCUGAGAUUGUAAAGACUGUCAAAAAGAGAGACCCAUCUUUACAUAUGGGACAGAUUGUUAAGGAUGUAAAGUACAAUAAAACUGACACAGCUAAAUUACAGGGAUUGAUAGGUGAAACUAAGUCAAAGGAAGAAUCAAAAGACAAAUCUAAAUCUGACGAUAAACAAAAUAAAUCAGAAACAAAGAAAAAGGGCAAACCCAAAAGACGAAAUAGAAGCCUGAGUCCAAGUAGAAGUAGAAGUAGAAGCAGGGAAAGAGGAAAGAGAGAAAAACAUGGGAAAGAUCGGCACAGAAGAGAUCAAUCAGAUAGUAGAGAGAAAAGAAGGAAAGAUUCUAGAUCAAAUAGCAGAGAGAGAAGAAGAAGAAGAUCUAGGUCAGCUAGUAGAGAGAGGGGUUAUUACAGACCAACACUUUCAUUCAGGGGAGGUAGAGGGGGAACCUACCUAGAUGGUAGAAGGAAAUAUCAAAGAGAUUAUAGACAUGAUAGGAGAAGAAGUAGAUCAAGGUCUAGGUCGAGAGAAAGGCGCCAAUCAAGGCAUGAUAAACGCAGAAGUAGAAGUAGAUCCAGUUCGUAUUCUUCAUAUAGUAGCAGCAGCUCAGGGUCAAGCUCUAGCUACAGUUCCUCAAGGUCUUCAAGUAGGAGCAAGUCUCCUGAGAAAAGUAAAAAGAAAGUGAAAGAUACCAAGUCAAAGGGUGAUGGUAAAAGUACUCAGAAGGAAGUUGGAAAGGCAACAUCUGGUGAAGUACCAGCUGAAAAAGUUGAGUCUGAACCACUUAAAGUACAAGCAGAGAAAACAUAUGAUAUAUUCACUGGAAAGCAUGUUGAAGAGGAACCUCCUAAGCCGGGUAAAAAAGGAGAUACUUUUGCAAAAGCUGGCGGGCUGCCUGAUCCGCUUGGAUUAAAGCAACUGACAAAACCAAUGAAAAGCAAGGUGUAUUCUGGACCAAUCUAUGAUAUGCCCCCAUUGACAGUAACUGCCUCAACUGAACCAGAGACGAAACUAACAGCCCCUUUGCCUCUUGCUGCUGCAAAACCUCUGAAAUCAAUUUUGAAGAAGAAGAAAAUGGAUUUGGAUGUAAAAGCAGAAGAGCCCACAGCAAGUGAUGCUCCAGACCCACAGGGACCAGCAGUAGCAGCAAGUGCACAACCUGCCCCAAGUGUUAGUGGUCCUGAUUUGGCUCAAUUGUCAUCAGUACUAGCUAAUCUCGUUCCUCAAGGUGACCAGACCUCUCAGUCCUUAGCAACUCUCCUCUCUGCAAUUAGUGCUCAACAACAGCAGAAACAAGAGCAAGAACAACAGCAACUGUUGCUGCAGCAGCAGCAACAACAAAACCUUAUUCAACAACAGCUCCAACAACAACUAUUUCUUCAGCAACAGCAGCAGCAACAACAAAGUUUGGGAUUUUUCAACUCACAAAAUACUUCUAUUCCUGGUCUGGGAAAUCAACUUGAGUUCCCUGUAGGUGCCCAAGGCCUAUUUGCUCAUGGUGCUAUUGGAGGACAACAAUCCUCCAUACCUGGUCUUGAUGUAGGCUAUCACAACCCGCAAGUACUUGGAGCUGGAGGGAUAAUGACUUCAUCUGUUACUGGUCUUGGAGGUAUACCUUCAGCGGCCAUGAAUUCCUCAAUCCCAGGACUUGGAGAUACUUCCCAUCAGAACACACAGCCACAAGCAUCCCAACAACCUAAUCAGAAUCUAGCAACCAUUCUCCAGCAGUCUGGUCUGAAGAUGACACCCGAGUUGUCAGCUGUACUUGGAAAGAAACAGCCAGAUCAGUCUUCUGAAGGAUUCAGUGGCCAGUCAGCAUUCCAGAGUGGGGCAAUGCCAUCUCCACAUAUUCCGUUCCUGUCAGGGACAACAGCAGCUACAGAAGAAGAGGAUAGCUUCUUAUAUGGUGAACCUCAGCAGAGUUCACAAUAUGCCAAUCCAAAUCAAUACAUGAACCAAAGUCAACAAGCUGCAUUCCAAACUCAAGAGCAGCUCUACUCAGGACAAGUACAAGCAUCUGCACCAGAUGAAUAUAUCCCAGAAGCUAAACCUGUAACAACUCAAGCAGGCUCUUCUGUAGAUUCUAAUCAUAUCCAAAAAAUUCUCUCUGCUAUUGGCUUUGACUUUGACAUGGCCAAAAAGGUUGAACUUGAAAAAAAAUUGGGAAUUCAUGAAAAUAAAACUCAGCCAAAAUCUGUAGAACAGCUAGUGCCAAAGAGUGAUUACGAACAAGUAUCAGAGUAUGUUAGUGCACAGCGAAUUCAAGCUCAGCAAAGUCAAACUUUGCACGCAGCAAAAAAUGAAGGUGCCACUAUUGCUUCAACUUCUUCUGAAUACAAGAUGGAUGGUUUGAAUCAAACUGCUUCUUUCCUUGAUACUGGACUACAAGUGCCGCCAGUCAGCACUGCUGAGGACAAGUCUACUAAAAAACUAAGUAAGAAAAAGAAAAAGAAAGCAGAAAAGAAAAAGCUGAAGGAAGAGAAAGCUGCUUUAAAAAUGAAGUCUUCUGAAAGUGAAAAACGGCCAACAAAGAAGGGACUCAAAGAUGACCUGGAACAGAAGGAAAGAAGAAAAGGUGGCUCUAAGAGUCCUUUAACGGAGCCUGUGAGUGAUGAAGAGCUCGCUCAUGAUACACCUAAGAAGCAUCAGCAGUAUGCGGAACUUGCCAAUAUCAAGAUAAAAGUUGCCCAAACACCAUCUUCAUCAAGAUCAGAGUCAAAAAGAAGGAUAGUGUUGCUUCCUGAUACACAAGAAGAUGACCCUGAGGAACAGGAAGGAAAGAGACAUGUCACCAGAGAACCAGCUGGUGGGAAAUGGUCGGCACAGGAGAAGCCUUAUCAAGAAGGAGAUUACUACAAGCCUCAAAGUUGGGAGAUGGCAGAGCGUAGACGAAUAGAGGAACAGAUAAGGAUGGAAAUGCAAAUAAAAGAAGAGAAAGAGAAGGAGAAAAGGAGAAAGGAGAUGCUGAAGAAAGAACAAGAGUGGCUGAUGAGAGAGGUUGCCUUGAAGACAAUGGAAGAAAAGAUAAGGAGGGAAGAAGAAAAGCUACUGCAGGUCAAGGAAAUAAAUAAGCGUCAGGAAGAGAAAAUACGAAGGGAGGAAGAAAAGCUCAUACAUGAUUGGGAAUUAAUGAGGAGACAGGAGGCAAAGAGACUGGAUGCAGAAAAGUCUGGUGAAGCACGCAGACAACAGAAGCUAAGAGAAGAAAAAGACAAGAUCCAGAAGAAGUUGGUACUUCUCCAGAGAGCGCUUGAAUCAUUGAGGAAGCAGCAAGGAGACCUGAUGAGGCGCAUGAAGCACUCAAAGGAGGGACACAAAGAUCCCCAGAUUGCGCACAACAGCAAACUACAACAAGAGAUUUCCGACCAGAUCAGAUCUCUGAGGAAGGCCUAUGCAGAUGUUGGAACCAAAGGAUAUGACAGGGAUGCUGAGAAAAGUGGAUCAGAAAGCCGCGACGGAAAGGAACAGCGAAGCUUGUCUACAGACAGAUCAAGCUCAGGCAGAGAUGACAGAGACGGGGAGAGAGAAAAGAGUUCAUCUCAUCGCAGCAAGCGGAGCUCAGCUGACUAUAAGGAAGAGAGGGAACGGGAGAAAGAGAAGGAAAAGGAGAGCAAGGCUCGGUUCCAGUUCACCUACUUUGAUGAUGGAGACCAUUGGUGUAAAGUUUGCCUGAAGGCGUUGCGAAAUCUGAACGAGUUCUUCAUUCAUCUUCACUCAAAGAAGCAUAUGAAGUUGAUUGAUGCUAUGGAUAGACCAUGGAUGUCAAGUGAGGCCAAAUCUGAGAAAUCUGGAGGAUCAACAGAAGGUCUCAUCCCUGCACCUAUAAAAGGAGCCGAGUUCAUGAUGCCAGUGAAUGGAUAUUACUGUCGUCUUUGUAAGGUUUUCUCCGGUGAUGGUAUUGCUGGGAUGGAACACAUGAAGGGCCACAGUCACAAUUUUGCAUAUCAGAAACUGUUGGAUGAGAACAAGCAUUAUGAGAAGCAAUUAGAGCUGGAGAAAGCUGCAUCUUCAACCAAUGCACCAAUCUUCACCAAGGAAGAAGGUGACAGGGAGGAGAAAGGAAACAAACGAAAAGCCGAAGAGGUACCUGAAGACAAACAGAGCAAGCAGAUAAAGACUGAAGUUACAGAUGUCAAGGUUUCAGCAAAACAGUCUGGUGGAUUCGGAAAGUUCAAGUUUAACAAGGAGCAGGAGCCUUCUGAAGAAGCUGCUAAAGAAGCUGCCCCAGAAGCACCCUUGGAGCUGAGGAAGGAAACAACUCAAGGAAGCAGUGAUGCUCCUGCAAAGAAGGAUCCCAACAAACUGAGCAUCAAGAUUGGUUCCAAACGCUUGAUUCCAACCACUUUACUACGUGGCAAAUCCGCUCAAGGGACACCUACAACUCCUACUGCUGAAGGUGCUACAGCUGCGACUACUACUGAGUCUGAACCUACUGUAACCAUUAGAAACAGGUCAACAAGAUCAUCAACUUUGGCCCAGAGACCACAACCCAUGAUUGGUAAAAGACCAACCCGCAGAUCCAGAGAUCAACCCAAAGAGCCUCCUGCAGAAGAAAAAACGAUGUCUUCCUUGGAUGAUUUCCUCCAAGGUACUAGUGGAGAAGCACUUCCUGUAAUAAGUGAUGAUAAGGAAGUCAAGGAAGAAAGUCCAGUGAAGAAUCCAGAAGGGAAGAAGGAGGAAGUAUUUGUUUUGAAGGAGGAUGACAUUGCCAGUGCGUUCAAAGGAUUAGAAGAGAUGGAGUUCAUUCAGAUUGAUGAAGCGUCUGAUGAUGAGGCGAUAGAGAAUCCAGAAGUACCAGGAGGUGAAGCAGAUGAGGAAGCCAGCAGCUUACCAGUUCCAAUACCACCACCACCUGCAGAUAAUUAACCCUGCUCCACGAUUGCUUGAUAAGAUCAUAGAUGGAGAGAACAGAACUGACUGGAGCUAACCCAGAAAUGCAUUCUGGAGAUCUUGGAAUGGCUAUUAUCUUGGAGAAGUUCAAUGCAGAUAAUCUCGAUAAUGCAGAGGAACAAUUGAAAGGUUAUGUUGUCAUUUAAAUGCCUAUUUGAAAUGUGUAAAUAACUUCAUGAUUCGACUUACUAGUGCUACAUAUGAUCUGUUUUGAGGUGAGGUAAUGAGUAUCUUAUCUAGUGGAUAAACUUUGUGUAAUAGUGUACUGCCUUUUGCAUUUAUUUGGAUAUUACAUGCAUGUACAUUGUGAUGGCACAGUGAAUAAAUGUACUUUAUGAAUCAAAUGUAUAUUGUAAAUGUAUUUUUUUAGUUUUAUCUGUAAUUUGUCUUUAUAACUACCCACCUAGUACAUGUAGUAUCUUCUUAUUGAAGCCAUUUGGCAGUGUGUUCUACUUAUGUUCACUAAAAGGAUCUUUAAAUUAUAUUGUAAGUGUAAUAUCUCUACCCAUUCACAUUUUCCUUGAAGAUGUUAUUUUUCUUUUUUCCCUUCAGAUAGAUCUAAAAUCAUACAUACUUGCAUAGAAUUAUUUUCGCUGAGAAUUAUUUGUUCCAUGCAUACUCAAUGCAGUUUCGGUGCUUGUUAUGUUGUAGACAUGAAAGUUCUGUAUAAAUGUACAUGUAUUAUUAGGUAAGCUUUUCUGUGAUUAAUUGAUUUCAUGGCAGUAUAAAGAAUCAAGAAUGUGUACAUUAUUAUCAUUGUCAACACCAAGCACAUUUUUGUAGCAUGUUUGUGCUUGCAAAGUACAUGCUACUUUAUAGUCAUAUCUACUCAUUCAUUGUGUCUUCAGUUUCUAGUGUACAUUGUCUUGCUUGUAGAGUUGAAACUCCAACCUUGAAAUUUUCUCUGUAUAAAUACAAAAUAUUGACAAACUCAUGAAAGAUAUCAAUUUGAAUUACUGCUUAGUUUCUAAAUUAUGUCCACCAAAUUCUUUUAACCUGUUAGUUUAUUUUGUUUAUUAUAAAAAUCAAUGUUUUGAUACUGUUUCAUUGACUUUGAAAUGAACAAAGCCCAUACAGAUGAAUGAUUAAGAGAUAUCAGGCAAAUGGUAUAUUUUGUUCUCUUUGCUUGACUUGCAAAGGAAGGAGGUCAUUUAUUAUGAUUGUCAUUUGAAAUUGUUUCAUAAUCUUUCAUCCGACAACUGAGAAUUCUUAAAUGAUUGCUCAUACAUAAAGUCACAACUGUCACUAUGGUGACUGCUGGUCAGUGCUGGAUAUUUACAACUUUUCAGUGCCAAAAACUUACAUGCAACGGUCUCCAGGUAAUGAGGAUAAGAGCUGAACCAAAGGCACUUUCACAAUAACAUAGAUGGAGAGCAAGGUCACUGGAUUACUGCUGUGCCAUAUGCUGUUAAACCUUCAGGAAGUGUGUGCUUGGUUGUCAUCUCACCGUUUGCUUCUUGUUCAAAAGAUUACCUUUUGGUCACAGCUGUCAAGGCAAUCCUGGAUGAAUAGGCCGAAGCAUAGUUAUACAAAAAUGUUGGGAUUGUUCUACCCUAUUGAUGAUAUGUGCUUGAUAUUUCAACAACCAGAGAAGCAUCUGCUCAGUCCUUUCUGGGAGACUUGGUAAAGGAGGUUGGGUCAAUCUGGGACAUCCAUAAUAUGAGACUCAAUGUAUUGAUAUUGAAGCAACAAUUUUGUUUUCUCUCUCUCAUUAAGGAGGUGUAUUUUUCGUUAUUACUGUUUAAAUAUUCGUCCAUAGGUGAUCAUAAGUUUGCACAAUAGAAAUAUUAAAAAUAUGUAUAGAUAGAAACAAUAAUCAUGGAUACAUACAUGUUGAGAAUAGUUAAUACAUGUAAGUUUCCACUUUGCAAAUUACUCGAUUUAUAAACAGAUUUUUAUUGCAUCAUGCACAAAAAGUAAGAAAGGUGUAUUUAGAAAUAAUUUGUAUUGAACAAUCUUGAUUUGUUGCUCUCAGUAUAAGGGAUAUUUACCUCAAUUUAAUUAAAUACUGCACAUCAUCAUUUUUCAGAUAGAAAUUCAUUUUGCGUUGUGCUUGCAAUAAUUGCACGGACAGUUCAAACACUAGUAGGGUGACUAGUGAUAUUUUUAUUAUUGUAAAAUGUAGAUUUGAUUCUGGUUCUGAGUUCUUUUAUAUUUUGUGUUAGGAUUGAUUAAACCCUUCUUUUUUUUCAAAUUCAAUUAUGUAAAAUAAAAUUCUUUGUAAAGUUAUGUAACCAACGAAUUGCAUGGGAUUUGGAAGAUUCCUUUUCUUCUACUCUUAUUUUUUCCUGUUUGCUUGAGCACUACCGUACUUCAUGUUCUGGAUUUUAACUGUUUAAUACAUUUUCGAGCAAAAUGCAAGUUAAAGGGAAAGUGUGAAUGAUUGGUUAUUCAGAAGAGAAAGACAAGGAAAUUAGAGAAGGGAGGAGAUAUGAAGAGUGAGAAGGGGAGGGGAAGAGAGUGAGAAUAAACAGAACUUUCUUGAGAUGAUCUGAAGUACCCUUGAAACUGACCUUUGUAUGGGGGUGCAGGAAUCGUAUUUGCAAUUGAUUUUAAAUAUGAAAUAAGAAUUUGUCUUGUACCAUAUCAAUAUUUACUUUCUGUUACAAUGAGCAGACCAGUAAUUGAAAAUUCUCAAUUGAUUGCAGGGCUUUGAUUGAUUUUUAGUGCAUUGUGUUCAGUUUACUAUUAGGUCUAUGUAUGUUAAAUGGUGUUUUUUUUUUUUUAUUACCGACAGCUUUGUAGGUAACAUACAAGUAACAUAGUAACAUAGGUAGUUGCAUACUGAUUUCAAGUUUUUGUGGUUUGAUUAUGCAUAAAAUAUGUAUAGGUUUUCCUUAUGUAAUACUUGUACCCACAAUCUAUUUUUUACCACAGGAGAUAUGAAUAUAAAUACAAUGACCAUAAAAAUAUAGAGUUAGAGUUUAACAUAUUUUGAACCCCUAUUCAUAGUAUGUUUAAAACACUAAUUGGUAUUGGACAUUUUCAUCAGAAUUUAUUAGAUGUACAUGUAUCAUCACCAGCUUCCAGGAAAAUAUAUUUCAGCAAUGAGGAUACCAAAUGUCUUUUGCAACUCUUCGUCAAAGGAUGAGUCAGACUGCUUAUAGUACAAAAUCAAAUUUUCAGUUUGUAUGAAAUGAAGAGUCUAAAGUGGAAUAGCUAUUCAAUCAGUGUUGCAUUAUUGGAUUUGAUUUGAUAGCAGUUGUAGAUGGUCUACAACUGCCACCAGCGAUCACCCAAGUAGAAAGACCACCAUUACUAUUAUUGUCAAAUUCUGUCCCCUAUCUCGUUAUUGAAGAGUGGGAUAGGAGAAAAAAUUUGACAACUAUAAAAAAAAAUGAAAUACAGCCACUAGAAGUGGUGAUUACUGAUUAAAUUUAUUUCUUCAUUUAUUAUUAUUAUUUUUUUUUUUUUUGGGGGGGGGUCUUCCAACGAGAAUCUUUGGUGAUGCGGAGAUGUUUUCCUGAUGAGGUUGGAACAGUUGACUUAAAAGUUGUUGCCGUAUGCUAGAUUUAAAGUUUAUUACAUUAUCUUUUUUUCAUUGGUAAUAAUGCCAUGAUAAUCGCUGAUAAUUCUUAGACCUAACAUUCAUUUUAAGAAAAUGAGAUUUAAAAAUCUGAGCUUUCACUUGAAUAAUUUAUACUGGUAGUUAUUAGCACUGUCAUAGCGGAAAUAUCCAAUUAAGUACAAUCAUAUUAAUUCAUAUUAGAAAAAGUAUUAUGAACUAUUUUCAAAAACUUUGUUGUCUUGACUGGAUGCUAGCAAAGUUGAAUUCAUUUUGCAUACAGUUCCAUACUUUUACAAGUAUUGUACAUGUAUCUUGUGCGGAAAGCUAAUGGACAUAUUAGAUCCUGAUUUUAAUUGACAUGCAUUUUUAUUAUCACUUCAAACUUCAAAGUCUCUACUAACCCAGUUGUAUUUAUCAUUGGCAUCUCAUGUUCAACUGAGCAGUGGUAGUUUUGCCUACCUUAUGAAGAGAAGGUCAUGGAUUCCAUCUCUGACCAUAUGAAAGACCUGCCUUUUUUCCCUAGGGCUCGCUGUGUUGGAUUGGAGAAGGAUAAUAUUUUAUGCAAGGCCGACUGCAUGAUCAGCUGGUACAACCUGUUUGGCUAUUCUGGGUAUAAACAGAGAUCUAAUAAAUCUGUGCCUAAGGGUUCCCUAUAUCACACCGUACACGUAUAUAAAUGUAUGUAUUUAUCAAUGCCUGGGUGCAUUUUUACAGGUGUUUCUAUACAUACAUUCAUACGAAAUCAAUCAGGGAAUUUCAAGAAAGUCAUGGAAAAUAUUUCAUUUCUUGAUGACAAUUUGCUUGUGAAACGAGUCGUGUUAUAGUUAGCAAUUUUGCAUGCAGGGUUGCCUUGCAUCAGUUGCAUGCCAGUGAGCUAAUUAAUACGGUAACUCAAUCAGCUUGCUUGUUAUAUCAUGAUAUGAAUAAUUGUUGUACAUGAAUAUUAAGUUUGCCACCACCAAAAAAGGAGUGGGGGUUGAUCUGCUCUAAAAAAAAUUGAAAGUUGAAUUUUUAUCAAAGGGGAAAGCGUACUAAACCGUUGAUAGAUAAAACUUUCAAUGUUUGUUGUAUCUUCAGAGAAUACCUAUAUUAAGAGGUAAUCAUCUAUUUCUAAAGACUUCACUUCUCUUUUCUUGUGAUAUACAAUGGGUCUUGAACCUCGAUUAUAUUGGCUUCUUGACAUCCUCUCCAAGAUCAUAUAUGAGGCUGACUAGAUGUAGAUUUUUUUGAUUUUUUUUUGAGGGGCUGGGGCGAUUGUGGAAAGAAGGGUAUUUCCUACGAGUUCUGUCUCUGUUGUACCUGGAAAUAUACUGACAGUAUGAUCAUAUUAAAAUCUGCCUUUUGUAUACUGUAUCAACCAAGUUUUUGUAUAAAAAGGUAAGUUUUCAAGCUUAAAGCUUGUGUUGUAUAAUUUGAUCACCUCUUCAGCAUUGGUGGGUAAUAUUUUGUAGGAAUUGGUGAUCCAUUAAGUGUUAGAUUAUGUCCUGAAGUUGUGUCAUAAUGUCUUAUUGAUUGCAUCCUUGUAUAUAAUGUAUUUUUCAAGAUAUGAAAAAGUCCUUUUCCCUGGAAUAGGAGUGUAAAUACUUGUUUCAAUAUUCAUCUAAACAUAUAAUCAUAUUGAAAAUGUUGAAAUUUGUACCAUGCAUUUAUAUGUUUACCCAACAGUAACCAUUGUCCCUGAGGUUUGUUUGCAAAGAAGACUGAGUGAUCAUCCACGAUCAUUGGGUAUGUGAUUUAUAUGUCCAUAUCCUGUCAUAUUUAUGGGAAUCUAUUCAAAAGUCUGCUGAUUCAUGACGAAAGCGAUGGUCUGUUAACUCAAGUUCAGGUUGUCCUAUCUCGAGACUGAUAUCGAAGAAAGGAUCGUCAUAUUGCAAGUUGAACUAAUGUCAGAUUAUAUGAUGGUCCACAGAAUUUUGAAGCUGAUUUCAAAAGAAAACACUCAUUGAGUACUACAUGCACAUAUGCAUCAAUUCUAUUGAAUGUCAUCGCUGUUUUUCUGUUAAUCUUGAAUAAUUCAUUUGGGAUGGGGGGGGGGGGGUAAGAUAAAUACAUGGUAUACAGAUUGUGAUAAAAUAGAGACAAUUCUGAUGGUUGUGGCCUCAUAGAGAAUUUACAUUUAUGUGUAUUGUAAAUUUUUCUGUUCCAACUUUCCAUCUCUGAUUUUCCUUCUCUCUGGUUCAUCUCCCCUGAUAUCCCUCCCCUCUCCUCGUUCCUCCCCAACAUCCCUCAUCCUUUAAUUUCUCCCCUCCCCCCUACUUACUCCUCAAUAUCCUUCUCUACUUAAUCCUCAGUACCCUUCUCUGUUCUUCCCCAAUUUAAUUUAGGAGUCGUGAAUAACAAUCAUUAGUGCAGGAAAUGCACAUGAAUAUUAGUGUGUGCCAAUACUUUCAACAGAGAUGCCACUGUUCAAACAGACGUAGCAAUUCCUUUUUUUUACCAACAAUUUUCAACCAUAGAAAAUAUCCUUUUGUGCCUGAAAGUGCCCAUUCAAGAUGAUUUUUCCUUCAUGUUUAUCAAUUUUUAGUGACGUCUCUGUUGUUUUAGCCAUUUCCUUUUCCAAUAAAAGAUUCUUGUAUUUUGGGAACUUUUAUUUAUUAUACAUGGCUUUGUAGCCAUAUGUGCUGUACAUGAAAAGCAUAUUUGCAUUAAAUUGAAUGUACAUAAUAAAACA